GACGCCCCACAAGUGGACUUCUUUGCCACUGUUUAUGGUGACAGUUCGCUUUCAGAAAAUCCACAACGCUUUUACAACGAUAUUCUGGUGCAAAAGGACUCCAAUGUUACCUUGACAUGCACUGCAAAGGGGCCUAAAGAGCCAUCUGUGUGGGCAAGCUCCCACUACUUCUAUCCGUAUGAAAUGAACUGGUUUGUCAACUCAAGGUAUCUGGAGAUGCCUAUCUGCACUUACAAAAAACCCUACCCGCCGAAUAAAACCUGUAUUCUGAAUUUGGGUAAAGUACAGCCAGAUAACCGUGGGGGAUAUUUCUGCCAGGCAGUUAACCGAGGGGGAUGCACUUAUAAGGAACUGAAUCUUAUUGUCACGGGUGGUUACAAUACUACCACUGGUUCAAGUAAGUAACGAAAUUCAGAGCCAAAUCUUUCAAUCUUUCUUUAUUUCACACUACAUACGGCAUUUACACAAGUGUACGUAAGAAGGAAUACGAUGUAGCUGUAAAUUUAUUGGAACUGACAAUAAUUUGUAUGCAAGUUAAGCGAUGUCACUUCCCUGGUUUCACGGCAAAAAAUGCUGGUGACCCUGUGGUUUUCAAGGCACAAAAACAAAAAAAAAGAACCACAGAGACUACAGAGACCUCAUCGUACUAGGAUGGCCAUGUGAAUGUCACUUGAAUAGGUUAUUUUAAUAGUGGAAGGGUUUGAUGUCCAAAUUUUCACUACUCAGGUGUGACUAAUGUAUACGCCCAAAUACAGUGAAACAAAUACAUAGCAUGAGUAGAUUAAAAAAAAAACAACAACAAUGCUGUCGUUUAUUGACUGUAUAUGUAGCCGCCAUACAUGGUCUUAAGAUUCAAAUUAUCAACAGGGGUUAUAACCUGUUACACAUAGUUCCAAAAGUUACAGUGGAAUAAAAGAAUUAAGCGGGACGUUACAUGACAGACUUAGUAGCCGUUAAAUAGGGGUUAUUAGCCGUACUGACGUAUUGUAAAUUAAUAUUUAGUGUAAUUCGCUAUUACUAAAUCACCUCAUCUAUGGUUUACAGUGACAGAUGUGAGUUUUACUGUGGCCACUAAGGAAAGUUUUUGUGGUUUGUGACAACCCUAUGACAUUUUUUUUCCUUUCUAUCAUUUGGUUUAGAACAAACCUCCAAAACACCACAUUACGAAACAACCCUGGUGCCAGCAACAUCUGAGGCCCCAGCAACACAUGUGGCCCCACCAACUUCUGUGCAGGACCAAGCAACAACAGUUUUCUCAGUAACACCCAUAGUGCAAGCAACACGUGUUUUCUCAUCAACACCUGAGGAUGUCCUCCAAGCAAGAAUAGUUUCCCCAGUAACACCCGAGGCGCAAGCAACAAGUGAGAUCCAAUCAACAUCUGUGCAGGUCUCAGCAAUAUCAGUUUCAUCAGUCACACCAGAGGCGCAAACGCCAGUUGUAGUCCUCAGCAAUAAUAAAGGUAAAUAUAAACAGUGGCGUUUGUUCUGUAAGUUAGUAAACCAGCUUUUUAAAGUAAGUCGUUGAUAGUAGUCUGUAGAAUACGUAAUACAUGUCGUAGUGUCAUAGCCAAAAGUUACCAGCACCGUACACACUACUUAUAUACGAGAUCAAGCAAGAAUAAGAGAGAACAACUGGAGAACUAACCAUUUGACUAACAAUAGACGAGUCUUUAAAUGUGACAAGAGACGGAUCGAAACGCACCAAUUACUGAUUACGAGUCUUCAUAGACAAUAACAUCACGGCUUAACUGACAGACGACCAAUAACAUCGCGUCGUAAUUGACCAAUCAGAUCAAUAACCAGAGUAUAAAACUAUCAACUGACGUGAUCCAACUCACUUUGACUUUGAAGAUGACUACCGCACAGUCAAUGUCAACAACAGCAGUCCUACUGGUCCUAUUCAGGACUACGUUCGCCCGGACGAUGAAACUCAACCUACUUUUGAGUUGUUAGUAUGUUUAUUCAUAGACUAACAGUUCUUGCGAGUUUCCAGAAUUAGAUAUUUGACAUGUUUUAACGAUGAAGUGCUUAACUCUGAUUAAACAUCAACUUUGUAUAGACGCUAAAUGGCCAUAUGCUUAUACUUUAAACCCGAGACGGUAUGUCGUCUCAAGCUUCCGAUACGGCUGAAACGAUUGUGUUUUGAAUUUAAUCGACUUCCCCUUUAUUCAAGUCCCUUCGAAAAUGUUUAACCAUGGAUAACAGACACAGACACUUCAUGUAAAAUCAGGUAAAUCGUUUCGUUUUUGUUGUGAUGGUAUGUGCCAUCCCUAAACCGUUAAUGGGAUUCCAUUUGGUUACCGUAAAAUUCGAAAAUAAGCCCCUCCAUGUAUAAGCCCCUCCAAAUAUAAGCCCCCCAAACUCGUAACGCCCAAACCGUCUGUUAAAUCGCCUUAUAAAGCGCCUGUCAUGCAGGAUAAUUAUAUGAUGGUCCUUUUUACAUAGACCACGUGACCAAGGUUUUUGGUGAUUGAUGAGUAUUUAUAACUGAGAACGCUUAUCCCAUUUUGUAUCGUAUUUACUAUCCGAAAAGAAAAUAUCUUCUUAAAUAGCGCAUGGGCUACAAUCUUAGACAGGGUCAAGGGUUCCAAGGUCUUGGCCGCUCACCUACACCCAAACUGCAUACAAGUAAGGCCAACUGGUCGGGUGUUGUAUACUUUCAUUGUUUGCAAAUGAUUCUUGUGAUGAGCAUACGGUUUAUAUAUUUUCGGCGAUGACUGAAAUAUGAGAAUGAAUGACCGAAUGGAAGAAUGCUUGACCGUUGAUAAAGUAGGAAUUGAAAAACUCCUAGCGAGGAAAUCCUGUUUCGUGUAGAAUUGAUUGCCUGCUAGACUGCGAGCAGUCUCUUGCUUUUCUUUUAUGUCAUAGUAGAUCGAGAGCAUAAUUUUACUUCUCGCUCGCCGCGCUUGGCUCUGAGGAAAGAAGGACGUCGACCGCUCGCGGAGACUCGACGCUACAAAAAGCGUUCUUGUUUUUGAAUUAUUCUCUUUUGCAGAAUCUUUCUCUGACUCUUUCUAAAAGAUAAUAAGAAGUAGUUACAACCGUAAAAUUGACUGUUAUUAUUAAUAGUAUUAUUUCGACGUCAUCACCUUUGGUUGUAGGGUACCAUUCAAUAUGUUUUUCAUGUGAACCAAGUAAGUUGAAUAAGUCUCAAUGCAGUGUUAUGGAAUAAUUUAAAAUUGCGGCAGUACAAAUGUUAGUAGUGCACACACCACAAAGUGUGGACGGAAGGCUAAAACGGAGAAAAAUAUCUCCAUUAUCAAAAAUAUCAAGAUACGUGUAGAUAAGGCCAUAAAGUAAAUUCAAUUUAAUGUAAUUUUAGACUUUAAUGAUUUAAUUCGUACUUGCCGAAUUUUUGAAAACGAACGUGACGAAAUUUUCUUCAAUAAAUUUGUCACCUCUGCAUGCAUCGAAUCAAGAAAACAUCUUGUUUAAAGCUUNGAAGAAUGCUUGACCGUUGAUAAAGUAGGAAUUGAAAAACUCCUAGCGAGGAAAUCCUGUUUCGUGUAGAAUUGAUUGCCUGCUAGACUGCGAGCAGUCUCUUGCUUUUCUUUUAUGUCAUAGUAGAUCGAGAGCAUAAUUUUACUUCUCGCUCGCCGCGCUUGGCUCUGAGGAAAGAAGGACGUCGACCGCUCGCGGAGACUCGACGCUACAAAAAGCGUUCUUGUUUUUGAAUUAUUCUCUUUUGCAGAAUCUUUCUCUGACUCUUUCUAAAAGAUAAUAAGAAGUAGUUACAACCGUAAAAUUGACUGUUAUUAUUAAUAGUAUUAUUUCGACGUCAUCACCUUUGGUUGUAGGGUACCAUUCAAUAUGUUUUUCAUGUGAACCAAGUAAGUUGAAUAAGUCUCAAUGCAGUGUUAUGGAAUAAUUUAAAAUUGCGGCAGUACAAAUGUUAGUAGUGCACACACCACAAAGUGUGGACGGAAGGCUAAAACGGAGAAAAAUAUCUCCAUUAUCAAAAAUAUCAAGAUACGUGUAGAUAAGGCCAUAAAGUAAAUUCAAUUUAAUGUAAUUUUAGACUUUAAUGAUUUAAUUCGUACUUGCCGAAUUUUUGAAAACGAACGUGACGAAAUUUUCUUCAAUAAAUUUGUCACCUCUGCAUGCAUCGAAUCAAGAAAACAUCUUGUUUAAAGCUUUAGUCUGAACAAUGCAACUGAUUAAAAAGAAUAACUUUCAGUUAUCGGACCUUUCUUUUUCAUAAAUCCAUCCAAGCAAAUUUGAUUGGUUCACCCUCUAUCAUGAUCCUUCCAAAGUUUUCAUUGAUCUCCCCUGUUGGGUUCUCAAUUACGACUGAUCCCCCCUUUUGUUCUCCUAAAAAUCAAGUAAUCUCCAAAAAAUCCUCCUUCCCCCCUCCCCCAGGCGAUAAAUAAUGACCGGUCCUUAGGAACCAAUGAGAUUAUAUUUUGGCAUCUAAACAUGGCAUUUCUAAAAAGGGCAGAUUGUUGGUACGCGGUUACACUGAAGGUGAUUCAUCUACGAUCUCACUGGCAAUAGCCUUCUGCUAUCGACGAUCACCUCGUUCACGUUAGCUCAACUUCAGAUUGCUUUUUUCUUAUCAACAUUAUAUAUACGACUUCGUCGCAUGGAGAUCGUUGGUUCACCGCUCGCGUGUAUGUGUAACGCGUCCCACACCAGAAACUUGGAAAAGAAAACUAAAUAUAACACUGUCGCAGUCUAUUAACUAAUUAAAAUUCCUGUAGCUAAAAUUAUGGACAAAGUCGACGAAAAAUUCCAAACCCCUUCUUCACCCCGAAUCAGCACUGACUUAUGGACGGGAAAAUUUCACCUUUUGGCGUUCUCACCGCUUCCUCGAUUGGGCUUUGUUGAUUUGUUGGUUUGAUCUUGCGGUGUGGGGUGGGUGGAGAGUACAUAGAAAAUUAUUUAAGAUACUGUAUUAUUGAUAAGAAUUGCCCUAUUAAAUACCUUUUUCUUUUAAAUAUAUGUAAGACGCCCCACAAGUGGACUUCUUUGCCACUGUUCAUGGUGACAGUUCGCUUUCAGAAAAUCCACAACACUUUUACAACAAUAUUCUGGUGCAAAAGGACUCCAAUGUUACCUUGACAUGCACUGCAAAGGGGCCAAAAGAGCCAUCUGUGUGGGCAAGCUCCCACUACUACUAUCCGUAUGAAAUGAACUGGUUUGUCAACUUAACGUAUCUGGAGAUGCCUAUCUGCACUUACAAAAAACCCAGCCCGAAUAAAACCUGCAUUCUGAAUUUGGGUAAAGUACAGCCAGAUGACCGUGGGAGAUAUUUCUGCCAGGCAGUUAACCGAGGGGGAUGCACUUAUAAGGAACUGAAUCUUAUUGUCACUGGUGGUUACAGUACUACGACUAGUUCAAGUAAGUAACGUAAUUCAGAGCCAAAUCUUUCAAUCUUUCAAUCUUUCUUCAUUUCACACUAUAUAAGGCAUUUACACAAGUGUACGUAGGUAGGAGAACGAUGUAGCUGUAAAUAUAUUGGGACUGACAAUAAUUUGUAUGCAAGUUUAUGCGAUGUCACUUCCCUGGUUUCACGGCAAAAAAUGCUGGUGACCCUGUGGUUUUCAAUGAACAAAAACUAAAAAAAAAGGACCACAGAGACUACAGAGACCUCAAUAUCGUACUAGGAUGGCCAUGUGAAUGUCACUUGAAUAGGUUAUUUAAAUAGUGGAAGGGUUUGAUGUCAAAUUCAAACUUUCACUACUCAGGUGUGACUAAUGAAUACACGCAAAUACAGUGAAACAAAUACAUAGCAUGAGUCGAUUAAAAAAAAAACAAUGCUGUCGUUUAACUGCACUGUAUAUGCAGCCCUCAUACAUGGUUUUAAGAUUCAAAUUAUCAGCAGGGGUUAUAACGUGUAACACAUUGUUCCAAAAGUUACAGUGGAAUAAAAGAAUUAAACGGGUUGUUACAUGAUGGACUUAGUAGCCGUUACAUAGGGGUUAUUAGCCGUACUGACGUAUUGUAAUUAAUAUUAAGUGUAAUUCGCUAUUCCUAAAUCACCUCAUCUAUGGUUUACAGUGACAGAUGUGAGUUUUACUGUGGCCUCUAAGGAAAUUUUUGGUGGUUUAUGACAACCCUAUGACAUAUUUUUUUCUUUCCAUCAUUUGGUUUAGAACAAACCUCCAAAACUCCACAUUACGAAACGACCCUGGUGCCAGCAACAUCUGAGGCCCCAGCAACACAUUUGGUCCCACCAACUGCUGUGCAGGACCAAGCAACAACAGUUUUCUCAGUAACACCCAUAGUGCAAGCAACACGUGUUUUCUCAUCAACACCUGAGGAUGUCCUCCAAGCAAGAAUAGUUUCCCAAGUAACACCCGAGGCGCAAGCAACAAGUGAGAUCCAAUCAACAUCUGUGCAGGUCUCAGCAAUAUCAGUUUCAUCAGUAACACCCGAGGCGCAAACACCAGUUGUAGUCCUCAGCAAUAAUAAAGGUAAAUAUAAACAGUGGCGUUUGUUCUGUAAGUUAGUAAGCCAGCUUUCUAAAGUAAGUCGUUGAUAGUAGUCUGUAGAAUACGUGAUACAUGUCGUAGCGUCAUAGCCAAAAGUUACCAGUACCGUACAAUCUACUUAUUUACGAUUAAUUGCACUGUAUAUGCAGCCCUCAUACAUGGUGAUAUUCAAAUUAUCAGCAGGGGUUAUAACCUGUUACAAAGUAUUCCAAAAGUUACAAUGGAAUAAAAGAAUUGAACGGGACAUUACAUGAUGGACUUAGUGGCCGUUACAUAGGGGUUAUUAGCCGUACUGACUUAUUGAAAAUUAAUAUUUAGUGUAAUUUUCUAUUCCUUAAUCACCUCAUCUAUGGUAUACAGUAACAUAUGUGAGUUUUACUGUGGCCACUAAGGAAAGUUUUUGUGGUUUGUGACAACCCUAUGACAUUUUUUUUUUUCUUUCCAUCAUUUGGUUUAGAACAAACCUCCAAAACACCACAUUACGAAAUGACCCUGGUGCCAGCAACAGCUGAGGUCCGAGCAACACAUGUGGUCCCCCCAACUUCUGUGCAGGACCAAGCUACAACAGUUUUCUCAGUAACACCCAUAGUGCAAGCAACACGUGUUUUCUCAUCAACACCUGAGGAUGUCCAAGCAAGAAUAGUUUCCACAGUAAAACCCGAGGCGCAAGCAACAAGUGAGAUCCAAUCAACAUCUGUGCAGGUCUCAGCAAUAUCAGUUUCAUCAGUCACACCAGAGGCGCAAACACCAGUUGUAG